AUAAACAGAGGCCCAACUAAAAUAUGUUACGUGGCGGAUAACAAACUAGCGUAUGACUAGUGCCUUGCACAGUAGAGUGUCAACAGGAAAAAGGAGGGAACUCAUAACUGCUUCAUCCUUUUUCUUCUUACAUUUUGUUAUUAUUUGCAUCUUUUUCACUAUAAAUCCGCAAAAAGAAUAUCAUAGUACGAGAAAAAAAUAGCAAGUCUGAUGGAGACGAUGGAGCAACAAAGAUAUUCACUCUCUUCAUUGCCUAUGCUCUCUAGGCUUGAGCAUUUGGACUUCGUUGUAAAUCGCUCUAUUACCUUUGAACUUUAUGUUAAAAGAUGGUUUACUUUUGUGAUGGAUUUACUUUUCAUUACAUUGUUCCGACUACGAUCUGUAUUGUUUCUCAUGCAGAUAAAGAACUUAGAAAGACAACAGAACCUUCCGAAAUGGAAAGAUGAAAGUGCAUCUACUACACGCGGAUUAAUCGAUAGAAGCGCGGCUGUCAGAGAAGCUUAUUUCAAAGGAUCAUUACUAGAUAGAAUUGCAGCAUUGGAGACCAGACUUUUUCAGAUAUGUUUGGAAUUGGAAUCGAGCAGUGCAUCUUCUACUUCAACUGGAGGGUCCGGUGAAACAUCAAGCCAAAGGAUUAAGAGAGAUUUGACAAAGACAUUACCCAUUUUCAGUAGCAACAUUAAUCCUUUUCAUAUUCCCUUACAGCAUUCACUAGACCCUCGGGAAACAGAAGAGAAGAUUGAAGAAGAGGAGAAGGAAGAGGAAGAGGAAGUGAUAAAUAUUGAGAAACCAUCGCUGGAGAAGAAGGAUGCUAAUGAAACUUGCAAACCAAACAAGAAGAAGACAAAAUCUUCCAAGAAAUGGUCCUGGUUUAACUUAUUGGGUUGCUAAUUUUUUUUUUUAUUGUUUGUACUAUGCAGUAUUUCAUAUUUCGUUUUAAACCUAAGUUUUCCUUCUAAACUAUGCAAUCCAUCAAACUUAGAAUUAAUUAAAAAUUUUGCUUAACAUAUUUACUUAUUUAGCAA